UUUGCAGAUUUCGCAUUACAUGUGGAUACUUGGGAAUCGAAUUGCAUUGACCAAUUCAUUCAAAAGUCAAGUGGGAUUAAGUUCAUUGAAGCCUUCUUUUUAUUUUUUGUUUUUUAUACGAAUCGAAUUUUCAGAGAAAGAGAGAAAGAGGAAGAGAGAGAAAAAAUAUAUAUAUUCGAAAGAUUACAAUAAAUGAUGAUGUAGGGGGCCAUCGAUUUAAGGGCAAAUGACAUGUGUUCAUGUAGUUGUGAUCAAAUGUGAAUGGUACAGCCAUACGCAUAGCAUUGAACGAUACACAGUUGUACAGUUCGUUGAUUACAUGGAAACACAAAGAGAAUAUACACACACUCUUAUUAGUACAAGUGAGCGACUGAGUUAGAGAGAGUGUUGCCACCCAAAAAAAUUCAUAUCCGAAUCGGUCGGAAGUACUAUUUUUAAAUAGUAAACUAAACUAAACUAAAAUGCAACUAAUCGACUCAAGAUAGUUGAAAUUAAAUGUUAUAUUUCAUCGAAUAAAUAUAAUCUAUAUCCGGCUUUUCAUCAAUUAUAACAAAUUAUAGUAAAAAUUGAUACGAAAUCGAAAUCGUUUGGUUCAAAGUAAACAACAUCGUACAGUAUCUAAUCAAUUUAUUAUUGACAUUUGAGCUAUCAAACUAUCCAUUCGAAUGUGGUGAAUACGAACGACAGUUAAAACGUCAACAUUUUAAAUAAGGUUAUGUCGGCAACUCAUCUGUACUACUGUUCAAGCAAAAUAAACCGAUAAAUCAACUUGGAAUUUUUGUUUUUGUUUUCGGUUUUUGAGAGGAAAAACAAAAAAAAAACACGAUGUUAAGAACGGGAGUGUUUCGUUUAUCGCGUACGAUAAAUUUUCAUUCGUAUCGCCCAAUUUCGACUAGUUUAUGGCUGGCCAAUACAAAUGCUGCACAAAAAUCGUUUCCAAAUGUCGACGAUUUAUUUGGCAAAGUUGGAAAGCCUGUUGAGCCGCUCAUCGAAAAUCCAAUUAUUGUGAAAAAAUUCUUUAUCAGUGAAAUUGAUAGUGAACAGAUGCUAUAUCCAGAAGUGUUGUCAAAAGAUGAACUUGACGCCAUUCGGAAGCGCAACGAAAAUGUUUCCGAAUACUUUCGAUCGAGCAUUGAUUAUGAUGAAAAGGGAAUUAGCAAAACGGUUCAUGAUUCAUUCAAACAAAUGGGCAUCUAUGGUUAUAAUGUGCCCAAAGAAUUUGGCGGAAUGGGUUUUAUUCAUACGGAAACGAUUUUAUGCAGUGAAAUCGAAGGUAAAAAAAUCAAUGUUGGAAUGAUAUUGAAAGCCCAUCGUUUGGUGUGUGAGGCAAUUAACGAAUACGGUACGAAUGAACAACGGUCAAAGUAUUUACCGAAAUUGGCCAGUGGUGAUUUGAUCGCAACGCCGGCUUCACAAGAAUGGACACGAGAUGAUAUCGCUGCAACUACAUCGACAGCCGAAUAUGAUGCUGAUAAAAAACAAUGGCGGUUGAAUGGAACCAAAUCAUUUGUUAUCAAUGCGGCAAAAUCGAAUUUGUUUAUGGUAUCAGCGCAAGUGCCACAAAGUAAAAAAACCGAUUCAUUAUCGAUUUUCUUAGUUGAUGCAAACUUACCAGGUGUUUCGGUCCAUAAAAAAGAUAAUACAAUUGGGCUGCGAAAUCUUUAUCAAGCCGAUGUUUCAUUCAAAGAUGUAUACUUGGAAUCAGACGCUAUUCUCUCCACACCCGGAUCUGGUCGACAUAUCGAACGGACGACAAUGUUUCUCUCGCGAUUACAACAAAGCGCUUUAAAUUUGAUACAAAUGAAAUCAAUCAACCAAUUUAUGGUUGAUAUGAUCGAACCGGUGGAAGAUUCAAAUCGUAUCAACAAUCCUGAAGGUACCUCUUUCGAAUCAGCUUCAUUGCGUUCAGAAGUGUUAAAAAGUGCGGCAGACAUUUAUUCGACUGAAAGUAUGCUUUAUAUGACAGCCGGUUUAAUGGAUUUGUAUAAAAAUACAAAUAUAGACGUAGAAACAGCCAUCAUCAAAACAUUCUCGCAGGACCGAUUACUAUCGAUGGCAUUGGCUUUAUCAAAUUUUGUUGAAGCACCAGUAACGCUUGAUGAGCAUCCAAUGAAUAAUGUAAUUCGCGAUGCAUUGCAAUUACAAACAUUUGGCGAACCAAAAGACAUUUUAAAAUUAUACAUCGGUGUGGCUGGAAUCCAACACAGCGGGGAUCGCAUCUUUGAUUCUGUGAAAAAGAAGCGUAAUCCAUUCUUGCAUCCAGAGCUUGCACUCCAAAGUUUUUAUAAAGAAGAAACAAUGGACAAAUAUGAAUCAAAUUUAAAUUUGAUGGAAAAUGUAUUGGCGGUAUUUGAUAUACACGCACGAUGGGUGGAAGCGUCAAUACAGCGACUUCGUAUUGGUUCAAGCAAUUUAAUGGAAACGUAUGGCCGAAAUUUAUUCACACAACAUCAAGAAAUUCAACGAUUAUCCGAAACGGUUACAUAUAUUUAUGCAUCAUUUGCAAGUUUGGUGCGUGCUAAUCGAUCGGUGAUUUUGAGAUUGCCCCAUGCCGAAUUCGAGCAUACUUUGGCUGGUUGCUCUUGUGAUAUGAAUACACAAAAAGUUAAGGAAUUAAUGGAGCACAUUGAAUCUGGACCAUUGCAUCCAAUUGAUAAGCACUAUCAAACAAUAGCCAAACAAGUGAUAAAAAAUAAGUCAUAUUAUCCAGUACAUCCAUUGACAAGAUUCAUUUAGAUUUAGCGGUUGAAUGUUGUUUGUGUACAAAAAAAAAAUUUCUGUUUAUUUGCGCCAAAAUAAAAUAUAAAUAAAACCAA